UUUCCGGCCGUUCCGGAAGUUUGCUUCCACUACAGCUGCUUGAUAAAGCAGGGCUGCGUAUGGACGCCACGCAACAGAUCGAGGUUUCUUACUCUGAGGAAGAAAACGGUGACGAUGAAGGAGGAGACGAAAGAGAACCGGUAGCUGCUUUGAAAGUGUUCAGAAAUAACCACAUCCCAGAGAGAGUGAUUCCCCUUUACCUGGGAGACAAUGUUCUGGGACGGGACCCUGCCUUUUGCUGCGCAUCACUCCCGGUCCCUUCUGUAUCGGGGCGCCAUGCUGUCAUCUCCAUCUCUGUGCUCCGCCCUCAUGACCGUCGCCUCGGAGACGGCGAGGCCACAGAGGCCCUGGUGUGGGACCUGGGCAGUCUGAACGGCACACGGAAGGGGCGCUUGAAGCUGACCCCACACGUGCGCUACGCGCUGGCCAAUGGCGACGGCUUGGUGCUCGCCGAUCUGCCCUGCCAGUUCGUCGGCCCAGAGAGCGCUGCGAGACUCACCAGCGAGGCCGCUCCGCACGAAAGGGCAGCGGAGGGGAAAGUGCCGCCCCAGGGAGAUGGCCCCGGAGAAGGGAGUGGGGGGCGGGUGCAGAACAGUGGAGAGGGUGGAGCAUCGCCUCCGCCACCAGAGUGCAAGGCAGAACUGAAGCAGAAUGAUCAGGCACUGCCCAAAACCUCCCCGCAGCCAGAGAAGACCAUAGUGCCCGAGUCUGACUCGGAAUCCGAGGAAGACAAGGGCAGAUGGAGAAGGAGGAGGAUUCUGGGCGCUGUUUCUUCUGACCUGUCAGGCCCAAUGUGUUCAACGCUCCUGACCCCAGCCAACAAAGUCAUUCCAGAGAGUGAAGACGAGAGCUCUGUUGCUCUGCCCUCGGCCCUGGCAGGGAGAUCAGUCAAGAGUGAUGCUUCCUCAGACUCCAGACCUGCCCCACUCAACUUCAGCCUGGACAGUGACACCAACGCUGAGGAAGAGGAGGUAGAUAUGACAAAGGGCGGGCCUGCCGCCAUGGCAACGCAGGCAGAUCUGGUUAACCCAGACGAUUUCCACGUGGACAGUGAUACCGACGUAGAGGAAGGAGAGGUGGGGAAACCCAAGGUUUCAUCCGGAACCACACCACAAGGCUCGGACCCUGAAGCUGGCGUUUCCGUGGAAACAGAUGUAAAGGAGGAUUGUCCCGCUAGAACCAAAACACGUGCACCUCUAGGAACGACGGCGGCUGUAGAACAGGUGCUGACGAGUCCGGCGGUACUUCCGCCUGUCGGUUUCCGCCUGGACAGCGACACCGAUACAGAAGAUGAGGCGGACAGGCUCACGGGAGACUCGCGUCUAGAGACCCCAGCCGCCGGACCCCCGGAGCUCGGAGCAGGCAUCCACGUGGCCAGCAACUCGCGCACAGAGGUGGAGAAGAAGACGGCGUGGGUCACGCGCGCGGACUCCAGCAGCGACACCAACGAUGAGGAUCCAUUCGAAUCCCGACCGGACGAAACCGCGAGGGCGCCGGCAGGCGAGGCCGUGCGGCCUCGCUCCGACAGCGACACAGACCUGGAGGGUGACCCUGCCCGGGCCAAAACCCCUACGGUGUCUGAUGAAACGCUACGCUGUGCCCAAACCGUCCUGGCCCGGCCUCCGGGUGAGCGAGCGCUGUUCAGGAUGGACAGCGACACGGAUGUGGAGGAGGAAGAGAGGAUGGAGGGAGAGAAGGGGUGUGUACAGGCAGCAGCGUGGCUUGUUCAGUCUUCUACGCCACGAGGAGCAGGAUUGUCUGAAGAGGAAGUAGAAACUCAAGCGUUCUUCAGUCCCUCACAGACAGUCAAGCGUCCGACCCUGCCCUCUCCUCUCCACACUUUGGAGGUUGCCGUGGCUGAGACUCAGUCCUUCAUGUCUGAUGCUUCCCUUGGGGACGCCACGUUGGAAGAGACACCCGCAUCCCAGAGGAGCCCCAGGAAACAGCCCUCUCGCGGGGGGUCAUCCUUCUGUCUGAGCCUUUCCGACAGCAGCCAGCAACAGCCAGAGUCCGCGGAGUGCGCCCUGGCUCCGGGUCUGCCGGAGGACGACUGGGACCUGCAGGCCACGCAGGCCUACGGUAACACUUCAGGAAUUCCCUGUGACCCUGACCCUGGCUGGAAACUGCUAAAAUGUCCACCAUUUGCUUUUUCCAACUCUGAUCCGUUUUCUGUGAUGCCGAACUCCUCUGCUUGUCAUCUCUGGUGUUUCCUGACUGUGAGGGACUCAGGAGGCAGAGAUGUGGGGGUGGGGCAGAAGCUGCCGCACCUGGAACCCACUCAGGCGUACGGAGGCAGGCUGGACCAAGAGCAGGAACCUGGGGAGGCCGUGCAGGAGGCGAUCCAGCCACUGGACACUCUGGCCCUCUGCCGCCUCUCUGCUGCGGAAACUCAGCUCCUCGCCGGGGCACGGAAAGAAGACGGUGGUGGUCCAGGAGGGGCGGAGGAGGAGGAGGUGGAGCUGAUGGAUUCACAUCUCUCCACUGCGGAGACUCUGCUGCUUAUCAGGAGCCCGAGGCAGGAGGAGCAGUCUCAACUCUACGUCCUGCUUCGAACUCCGUCACUGGAGGAGGAAGAGGAGGAAGCACCUAGCAGGGAAACAGGGUCUACUGGCAGACCUUGCAGGGAAGGACCUACUGAGCCUGUUGCUCACCGUCAUGUCACCACUGCUGAAACACAACCCAUUUGUGAGGAUGAGGAGAAACAGGAGGAAGAGCAACAGACCGAGCCCAGGUCUGGCAGGAGCUCUCGUAGGGGGGGACGGAUCGCUACAGUCAAGCCAACACAGGCUCUCGAACCCGUGGGCGAGGAUGAGGAGGUACAGGAGGAAGAGCCCAGAUCUAGCAGGAGAUCUCGUAGGGGGUGGAGGGUGGAGUCGGAGCCCACGCAGCCUAUUGGGCCCGAUGCCAUGUCUGCGGGAGGAGCCUCGGAGAGGAAGAGAGGAAGAACGCAGGAGGAGGAAGAGGGGGAGAACAGUGCAAAGGUGGACAGGAGGAGGGACGGAAGGGGAAGGAGCGCCGGACUGAAAUCCAAAGACGAGGAAGACGGCCAGGAGCAGGAGGAGAGGGCGGCCCAGGAGGAGCGAGAGGAGGGGUUAAGAGAGAGAGCGGAGCACAAGGACCAGGAGGAGAGAGGGAGGACUGAGCGAGAACUGAAGGAGAGGCAUGAGGGAGAGGAGAAAGAAAAGGAAGAAGGAGAACGGAGGAGAAGGGAAGAGGAGGAAAGAGAGGGAAUAGAGAAGGAAAGAAAGGCAAGAGAAGAGAGGGAGAGACUGGACAAGGAGAGAGAAGAGGAGGAGAGGUUGGAAAAGGAGCAGAAAGAGAGAGAAGAGAGGGAGAGGAUAGAAAAGGAGAGAGAAGAGGAGGAGAGGUUGGAAAAGGAGAGGAAAGAGAGAGAAGAGAGGGAGAGAGAAGACAAACUUGAAAAAGAGAAAAAAGAACAGGAAGAAAAGGUUCAAUCAGAGAGAGAAAGAACAGAGAGAAAAAUGAGGGGAAAAGAGAAGAAGGAAAGAGAAGAACUUGAGCAAAAACCUGAAAAAGAAAAAAGACAACAAGAAUCAAAUGCCAGAGUAGCAAGAGGGAGAAGGAAGAGAGAAGAACAAUUAGAACUAGAGUUAAGAGAGAAGAGAAUGGAAACAGAAGAAGAAGAACUGGAAAGGCACCAAAAGGAGAACAAAAAGAGAGAAGACAAGGAGGAAGAAGAAGCAGAGAUGCAAAAGAGACGAUCUCAAAGGCAACGAAAAACCCUGCUGGGAAGGAAAGCGAGAGAGCUCGAGAAAGAGGGUCAUCAGGAAUUGGGCGAGGGCGUUCCAUGCAGAGGGGAUGCUCAGGGAACAUCACUGGAGAGGGCAACGGAGCAAGGAGAGACAGGGAACCAAGAAAGGGAAGGUGUGAAGAGGAAAACCCCAGAGGAAGAACAAGAAAAAGGCGACGUGAAGCCCAGACGAGGCAGAUGCCAAACAAGGAAAUCUGUAGUGCCCCCUGCUGGUCCGGAGAGCUCGAUGCCUCCGGACCACAGCGAAGGAAUCUUGGCUAAAAGGACUCGCUCCAACUCCUCCCACUCGGAGCAUUUUACAUCCGUCGACGCAGAGCAAACCCGAGGCAAGGGGAGGAAGACGACUAAAGUGGAGGCUGAUAACGGUAAGCCACUGGGCAAGAGAAGAGCCGCCACAGUGUCCUCUAGUGGCAUGGAGGACACACUGCGGGACUCUGCUGCUGGUACUCUGUCUCGGUCCACCUCCAGGAGCUCGGAGAGAUCUAGCAACGUAUCGGCCACUCAGAGCAGAGGCAGAGGAGGGAGAGGGAUGAAGAGUGAGUUAGCAGAAGAGGAAGGUCCACGUUCAGUGGCUGCUGGGAGGGGGAGGGGGAGGGGAAGGGGGAGAGGGAGAGGUGUGCAACAUACUCCGGUGGGUGAUGCCAAAGUUGGGGCGACUUAUGGGGCCCACCACGUGAAAGAAGAGUCUGGGGACAUAUCCGGCACUGAAGCAAGUGUUAUGAGCCCAGCCUGCAGCAGGGGGCGGAAGAGAGCCGCUGCUCCCACCACAGGAACCGCGGGAGCCGCUCAGCCAACCCCAAAGACCCCCCGCCGCUCCGUAGCCGCUCAGACGCACAAGAUCCUCUUUACAGGGGUGGUGGACGAGGAUGGGGAGCAGGUGGUGCAGCAGUUGGGUGGAGGCCUGGCCAAAGGCGUGGCUGAUAUGACCCACCUGGUGACCGAUAAGGUCCGCCGCACAGUCAAGUUCCUGUGCGCUGUAGCCAGGGGCGUGCCUAUCGUCACCCCUGAUUGGCUGGCCAAGAGCGGUACAACGGGGAGCUUCGUCUCGCCUAAUGAGUACCUGGUGAAAGAUAAGGAGCAGGAGAAGAAAUUUAACUUCAGUCUGCAGGAAGCGCUCAGAGCGGCCCAGGAGAAACCCUUACUCCAGGGUUACGAGAUCCACGUGACGCCAUCUGUGAAACCAGAACUGCCACAGAUGAAGGAGAUCAUCACCUGCUGUGGAGCACGCUACCUUCCCAAGAUGCCUUCUACACCCAAGGUUGGGACGGUGGUGGUGUCGUGUGAAGAAGACCGAGCCCUGUGUGAGAGCGCGCUCAGCGUGCGCGUGCCCGUGGUCAGCGCGGAGUUUCUUCUCACCGGCAUCCUGCAGCAGAGAGCGGACACGCACACCCACGCUCUCCCGGCGUCUUCCGCCGCCACGCCCAAACCUUCCUCUGGAGGCCGCAAAAAAUAGUCCUGCUGCGAACCAGACCUGGUACUAUUAGGACCGUGAGCCAAAACGUUUUCCCCUUGCAGAUCAUGUUUUUUUUGGGGGGGGUUUUAACUCAAAGCUGCUACAGACUGCCGAAGAGCUCGUCAGUCCUUCACGUGUGUCUGUGAUUUUUAAGCUACCACACAAUAAAGGUUUACCAAAGGAGA